AUGACAAAUAUUCCACCACCUGCUCAACAAACUGUUUUUCGUCCUCCUACCUCGCCAAACUUUCGUCCUUCCCCAGACAAUACUAACCAGCCUUUACAAGUUGGCGAUGGACCACACAGAGGACCGUCGCCAUUUCAACCUCAACCUCAACCUCAAUUACUACCCGGUAACGUUGUUAGGCCGCCUGUUGAUCCUGGACGACCUCAUAUACAGCAACCACCCCCACCCCCAGUAGGCUAUAGACCCUCAAACUCUCCGGGAAUUCCGAAUCAAAAUUGGGCGCCUCGACCUCCUUCAACUGGACGUCCAUUCAAUGCAGCGCAACCACAAAUAGGGUAUGGAUAUACACCGAUUGCUCAAACACCAAACUAUGCCACAACUGCAACACCACCUCUUCCUGAAAUGCCAGUUUCGCCCGCAAUUACUACUACUUCACCUCAACUUAGUAAUGCACGUAUACCUAAACGUCAAUAUCCAAAACAAAUGGCAGAGACAUAUACGGAACCUACUAACAUCUAUGAUCAAUCGUCGUAUCAAACUUUUACACCAGUUGCAGCACCUGGCAUUCCUGGUCAACAACAAAUGCCUCAGAUAUUUACACCUGCUGGAGAUCAAAAAUUUGCCGGACCAGUUCCUCCUACAGUAGCAGCACCACCAUAUUCAGACGUAUAUGGACAACCUCCAGCAGCACAAAAUGCCAUGGGCACUUUGGCGAAUCAAUUUAGUAACAUGGCUAUAAAUGGGCAGCCUCAACCUCAAUUGCAUACUGUCCAUUUGAUUGGCUUUCCUCCAAAUGUCAGAGAUUUGGAUGCGCCGCCUCCACCAAUAAUUUUGCCACCUAAAUCAUCGGUAACCAAUUCUGAGAAAGCCAACUGUGACCCUUCAUACAAAAGAUGUACUUUGAAUUGCAUUCCUGCAACCUCUGCGCUCCUCAGCAAAUCCCGGCUGCCGCUUGCACUCAUUAUAACUCCAUAUAGAAGUAUAAAAGACGGCGACGAUCCUGUUCCAGUUAUCACGGAUACCGUUAUUGCAAGGUGUCGGAGAUGUAGAACUUAUAUUAAUCCAUUUGUGACAUUUGUUGAAAAUGGACAUAAAUGGAGGUGUAAUAUGUGUUUCUUAUUGAAUGAAGUUCCAUCUCAAUUCGACUGGGAUAUACAAACAAAUACACAAACUGAUCGUUGGAAACGUGCAGAGUUGAAUCAUGCUGUAGUUGAAUAUGUGGCACCAACAGAAUAUAUGGUUCGACCGCCACAACCACCAGUUUAUUUAUUCGUGAUUGAUGUUUCAUAUCCUGCUAUUCAAUCCGGAGUUGUCGCGACAGCAGCACGUACAAUAUUGGAAUCAUUGGAUAGACUGCCGAACGAGGAUAAUCGCACGAAAAUUGGGUUUAUUACUGUGGAUACUUCACUGCAUUUCUACAGUCUAAAUCCCAAUGCAACCGAGCCGCAGAUGCUUGUUGUAUCAGAUCUUGAAGACGUAUUUCUCCCUCAACCCGAUGAUCUAUUGGUAAACUUGUCAGAAGCUCGGACUGUGGUUGAAUCAUUACUUAAUCGUCUCGGAGACAUGUUUAAGGAUACUCAAAUUGUUGGAAAUGCUUUAGGUUCUGCAUUAUUGGCCGGGUUUAAGUUAAUCUCUAGUUUACCUAAUAUAAAUCCUGGCGCCUUGAAAAAUCGCGAAGAUACAAAAGUUCUGGGAACGCCAAAGGAAUCGGCUCUGUUGCAAGCUGCCGAACCUUUCUACAAAAAAUUUGCAGUGGAUUGUUCUCGUUCACAAGUUAGCGUGGAUAUGUUCUUACUUGGUUCUCAAUAUUCGGAUGUAGCAACACUAAGUUGUUGUCCGCGCUAUACUGGAGGGCAAACAUACUUUUACCCCGCUUUUAAUGCUGGUCGAUCGGAAGAUGCACUCAAAUUUGCGCAUGAAUUUGCUGAAUUUUUAGCGAGUCCAAUUGGAUUAGAAGCUGUAAUGCGAGUCAGAGCUUCUAAAGGUAUGCGUAUGACCUCAUUUCAUGGGAACUUUUUCGUUCGACAAACGGAUUUGCUCGCUUUGCCGAACGUAUCGAGGGAUCAUUCGUAUGCUAUAGAGAUUGCAAUUGAAGAAAAUAUAACUACUCCGACUGUUUGUUUCCAAACAGCUGUCUUACAUACAACUUGCUAUGGCGAGAGGCGAAUUCGAGUGCUUACACUUGCAUUACCUGUAACAAAUAGUUUGAGCGAUAUGUUUUGUUCCGCGGAUCAAGUAUCCAUCAUCACAUUACUAGCAAAUAAAGCGGUUGAACGAUCUUUAACUUCUAAAUUGGAGGAUGCACGAGAAGCUUUGACAAAUAAAGUUAUAGAUAUUUUAGGUGUAUACAAAUCUGCUCUUACACCUGCACAUACUGGUGCCUCACCUCAAUUGCAAAUAAGCGACAAUCUAAAACUUUUACCGCUAUUAUCUUUAGGAUUAUUGAAACACGUUGGGCUUCGUGCCAGUUCCCAAAUUCCUACCGACUUGCGAGCUUAUGCCAUGUGUUUAUUGACUACAAUGCCAUCACAAUUAUUAAUUCCCUACAUACACCCGCGUUUCUAUUCAUUGCACGAUAUGCCAUUGGAGGUUGGAACAUAUGGUCCCAAUGGAAUUAUAAUGCCCAUACCAUUGAAUUUGACCAGUGAGAAAUUGGAACGCCAUGGAAUAUAUUUAGUUGAAGAUGGACAAAAUAUCUUCAUAUGGGUAGGGAGAGAAGUGUCUCCCCAAUUAUUAAUAGAUUUAUUUAAUUUGAGAACAUACGAAGAAAUUCGUGGAGGAAAGACGGCUUUGCCUCAACUAGAAACCUCUUUUUCACAACGAGUAAACGCUAUUAUUGGUAAAACUCGAGAGUCACGGCGUGGUGUAUAUUAUCCACAUCUAUAUAUAGUAAAGCAAGAUGGUGACCCUUCAUUGCGAUUAUGGUUCCUCUCUCAUAUUAUAGAAGAUCGUACAGACACCGUUAUGAGUUAUGUCCAAUGGUUAGGUCAUUUAAAAGAUAAG